AUGGCGUUCAGCGAGCUUGGAGUGUUCACCUACCGAGACGGCGUGGCGGUGAUACAGCUCUUCUUCUUCACCGUAUACCUUGGGUGCGCCUUCAUCCUCUGCUCACGGCAUGGAUGGAGCCGCGGCUCAGGGUGGCUGGUCCUGAUCACCUUCUCCUUGCUGCGGAUCCUUGCCGGGGCCUUCCAGCUGGCGACCAUCAAUAGCCCGUCGAGGACGACGUAUGGAGGCGCCCUGAUCUGCCAGUCGAUCGGGCUGUCGCCGUUGACGGUGCUCAACAUUGCCCUCCUGACCAGGGUUAACCGCUUCGUAAUCCACGGCAUAUCGACGCGGAUCUUCUCUCUCAUCUCCCUCGCCUCCCUUACCGGCCUCAGCCUGGGCAUCUACGGCGGCACCAAGGCAGCCGAGUCGUCGAACCACAUCACGUCCAACGGCAUUGUGCAGGCGGCAGUGUGCAUCUUCCUGGGGAUAUACGUCUUCGCCGUGUGCCUCUGGGGCUACCUCCUCAGGCAGUGGAAGUACAUCCCGGCCGAGGAGAACAAGCUGAUGGUGUGCUUUGCGGCGUGUGCGCCGUUCAUCUCGGUGCGGCUGGUGUACGGGCUCCUGGCCGACUUCAGCGGGAUGAAGGAGUUCACCCUUUCGAGGGGGACGUGA